AAGUUUGCGAGAAGAGAAGUUAAAGGCCUGCUUGGCGAACGCUAGCUAACAGCACUCAGGCUCCACAGCCGUCAGUCAGGAAGCGUUACUUAGCGUCAGAUGACUUGUGUGUGGCAACACUGAAAUAGUUCUUCUACUUAACUCUAACAGGUUGAGGGAUGAGCCACUCCUCUGGGAUUGGCAACAAUGUGCAGGAGGAGACAGACGGCACGGACACCCCUGACUCUCCAGUGGCCAGCAACUGGACAGCCGCUAAUGGCUCCGCCUCUCAGGUGCAGAAGUGUCAGGAUGGAGUAGCUUACCUGGAGCAAGACAAGCAGGAAGGAGUUCGUGAGACUCACACACACCCGUUCCACAGCAUGGACCCUACGUGCAGGCAAAUACACACAAACUCGGUGCCUCACACCAACACACACGCCUGUGACGAUUGCCCCAAACACACAGAUGAACACACGCCUCACUCACAACCAGUAACCAAAGACAGUCCAUACAUGGAAACUGCCAACACGCCACACACGCAAUCCAGUGAUGGGUGGGGAGGUGUGGAGGAGAAGGAGGUCAGAAAGCAGAAUGAUGGAAGAGAUGCUGAGGAAGUGGAAAACACUGAGGAGGAGAAGCAGCAGGCAGAAGAAUUUACUGUGCAGCCAGUAAAAGAGACCACCACUGAAGACUCAACCACUUCGCAAACCCCACCUACAGAACCAGUCAACUGUAACUCUUAUGACGAUGGCCGUUUGUCUGCUUCUACGCCCCCUGACCAGGCCCCACCUCUGGUCCCAGCUCCUCCCCCGAGCUCAGUCCCUCCUCCCGUGCUGCCAGCACCUGAUGAUUGGCCACGGCCAGCUCACGUGAUGGCAGAGGUGCGGGUGCGUUCUGCUUCUGGACGGGAGCGGGUUGUGCGGGGUAUGCAGGACAGUAAGAGUCUGGACGGCAUCAGUGAGGCAUGCGGAGGGGGCACGCGGGCCGCGGCAGGCGAAGGCCGCAGGGCCACUAUCUCCAGCGCCCUGGAACUGGAGGGCACAGUGAGCCAUGAUGGAGAUCUCACCCACUUCAUCACCAAGAACUUGGAGCAGAAAAUCAAAAUGAGUUCACGCCCCAGCCUUGACACUGACUCGGACUGCUCAGGCCCAGUGGUGCGAGGUCGUGGUUCACUGCGGCGGCCAGCUGACAUCCCACCCAUAGACCCCAGUGUGCUGCUGGACCUGCACAAACACACACAGGAGGUUGCACACAGUGUUGAGAUGAUGCUCCGUAGCCUCAAUGGAACCAUCCAGAACAUGACCGCAUUGAGUGUGGGUUAUAUUCAGACCUACCGAGACUCUGUGGACAGUUUGGGGGAGUCAGUAGAUAUGAGCAUAAAGGGAAUGUACACACUGAUGGCACGUUGCGAAGAACUGGAUCGCUCCAUGCAGCCCAUCCAAACACUCGCAGCUCAGAUCCGAGAUAUCAAACGCACGCUGGAUGCUCUGGAAGCCAUCUGCAAGUAAUAUACAUGAGCAUGACUUUGCCCUGUAGCUCCUGGAGAUGCUCUGCAACAACUCUGCCCUCUGCUAAUUAUCAUGCGACCAAAUCCACUUUGCUAACGAUCAUGUCUCCUAGAAACGCUCCGUGAGCGCUGCGCUCCUACUCUCUAAUGCCUCUCAGUGGCGAUGAUCCUCUUGUCGUGGCUCCGACCCUUUUGAAUGGUUAGAAAGAGAAAUGGACUCCAGUUUGUGAGCUUAAACCGUCCAACAGAUUGAUCAUGAGAAGUGUCUCUCUCUCUCUCUCUCUGAAUGCAUGGUACUGGGAUUAUUUAUUUUGUGUGUGUGUGUUUUAAGAGGUGAGUUGGUGGUGGUAUUGAAGUUCUGAAUACAGAUGUGUCACAUCUGUAUUUGUUACUAUGAAAACAUGUUCUAGAAGCCAUUCUCUGUUUGUAUUCUUCUCCCUCCGGGUGUUUGUCUGUCUCCAGAUUGGAUGCUAUGUAUCCCCUGUUUCCACCGUGACCACUGAUCAAUUCUAACACGUGAUCUAUUAAUUGUCCUGAGACGUUGGAGCUUCUGUUGCCAUGGUGAUAGUCAUGCGGGACGCUAGCACAGAGACAAAGCGUGCGGUCGUUUUGAAACGAGUUCUUGGACUGAAGAAGGGUUUGUGAGAAAUGAUCUAAAAAUUGGACCGAGGGAAUGAAGAGGAGUGCGGGACAGUCCCUGAUCGCCAGCCCUUGUCCGUCUCGUUCAGUGUCUGCUUCCAGUACGCCAAUUUAUUAAACUGUCUGUCAUACAUGUAUGUUUUAAAGAAUGCAAUAUAACAAUAAAUUUACUAGAAGGA